UCUCUGUCUCUUUUCCCAGUUGGGAUGUCCUGAGCCAGCGGUCCGGUCCCAGGGAGCAGUGUGCUGAUGGGACCUGCUGCGCCGCCAUGAGCUUACAAGAUGGCGGCUGCAGCUACGCCGGCAGCGCCAACAUGGCCGCCAUCAGUGGCAGCAUGCGGCGGCGGCUGGAGGACCAGGAGUUCAGCCUGCGGGUCUACCCGGGCUCCCUGGCCGAGGGCACCAUCUACUGCCCCGUCAGCGCCCGCAAGAACACCACGGCCGCCGAGGCCAUCGAGUGCCUCAUCGACCGGCUGCGCCUGGAGCGCACCAAGUGCUACGUGCUGGCCGAGGUGAAGGAGUUUGGCGGGGAGGAGUGGAUCCUCAAUCCCAGCGACUGCCCGGUCCAGCGCAUGAUGCUGUGGCCCCGGACGGCCCUGGAGAACCGCAGCGGGCUGUGCAGCGGCGAGGACUACCGCUUCCUGCUGCGGGAGAAGAACCUGGAUGGAUCUAUUCACUACGGCGGCAGCCUGCAGAUGUGGCUGCGGGUGACCGAGGAGCGUCGCUGCAUGGUGGAACGGGGUUUCCUCCCCCAGCCCGCAGGGAGCGACCCGCCGUCGGACCUGUGCGCUCUGCCGGAGCUUACGGAGCGCGCUCUGUUGGAAAGCCUCCGGGCGCGCUUUCGCCAGGAGAAGAUCUACACGUACAUUGGGAGUAUUCUUAUUGUGAUUAACCCCUUCCAGUUCCUGCCCAUCUACAACCCAAAAUAUGUCAAAUUGUACGACAACCACACGCUGGGGAAGCUGGAGCCUCACAUUUACGCCGUGGCAGACGUGGCGUAUCACGCCAUGCUGCAGCGACGGAAGAACCAGUGCAUCGUCAUUUCUGGCGAGAGCGGAUCUGGGAAAACGCAAAGCACCAACUUCCUGAUUCAUCAUCUGACCGCUCUGAGCCAGAAAGGCUUCGCCAGCGGGGUGGAGCAGAUCAUCCUGGGAGCCGGACCAGUCUUAGAGGCCUUUGGGAAUGCUAAAACAGCCCACAACAACAACUCCAGCCGCUUCGGGAAGUUCAUCCAGGUCAACUAUCAGGAGAGCGGCACUGUCAGGGGAGCAUAUGUGGAGAAGUACCUGCUGGAGAAGUCGCGUCUGGUCUACCAGGAGCACAAUGAGAGGAACUACCACGUGUUUUACUACCUGCUGGCCGGAGCCAGUGACGAGGAGAGGAAGGCCUUCCACCUGCUCAAGCCUGAGGAAUACCACUACCUCAACCAGAUGACAAAGAAAUCGCACAAACUCCACUGGGACAAUUACUAUGAGAGUGAUCUGCAGGACUGCUUUACAGUGGAAGGAGAAGACCUGAAGCACGACUUCGAGCGCCUGCAGCUGGCCAUGGAGAUGGUGGGCUUCCUCCCCACCACGCGCAAACAGAUUUUCUCCCUGCUGUCGGCGAUCCUCCACCUGGGAAACAUCCGCUACAAGAAGAAGACCUACAGGGACGACUCCAUCGACAUCUGUAACCCAGAGGUCCUCCCCAUCGUCUCCGAGCUGCUGGAGGUGAAAGAGGAGAUGCUGCUGGAAGCGCUGACGACACGGAAGACGGUGACGGUGGGAGAGAGACUCAUCGUCCCCUACAAGCUGGCCGAGGCGGGCACCGUGAGGGACUCCAUGGCCAAGUCCCUGUACAGCGCGCUCUUUGACUGGAUUGUGUUCCGGACCAACCACGCCCUGUUGAACAACAAGGACCUGGAGGACAAUUCAAAGAUCCUGUCGAUCGGCGUCCUGGACAUCUUUGGCUUCGAGGAUUACGAGAACAACAGCUUUGAGCAGUUCUGCAUCAACUUCGCCAACGAGCGGCUGCAGCACUACUUCAACCAGCACAUCUUCAAGUUAGAGCAGGAGGAGUACAGGGCGGAGGGCAUCACUUGGCACCACAUCGAGUACAUCGACAACAGCGGCUGCCUCAACCUCAUCAGCAAGAAGCCCACGGCUCUGUUUCACCUGCUGGACGAGGAGUGCAAUUUCCCUCAAGCUUCCAAUCAGACGCUGCUGGAUAAGUUCAAGCGUCAGCAUGAAGGGAACAGCUACAUCGAGUUCCCGGCCGUCAUGGAGCCGGCCUUCAUCAUCAGACACUACGCCGGUAAAGUCAAGUACGGAGUCAAGGACUUCAGGGAGAAGAACACGGACCACAUGCGUCCCGACAUCGUGGCCCUGCUGAAGAGCAGCAAGAACGCCUUCAUCUGCGGCCUGAUGGGAAUCGACCCGGUGGCCACCUUCCGCUGGGCCGUGCUGCGCGCCUACUUCAGAGCUCACGUGGCGUUCAGGGAGGCCGGCCGCAGACACACCCACAAGAAAACCGGCAGCGAUGCGGCAGUUCCCUCUGCCGUCGUGAAAACCGUCGACAACUUCAGCUUCCUCCACCACCCGGUUCACCAGAGGAGCCUUGAGAUCCUCCAGCGAUGCAAGGACGAGAAAUACAGCAUCACCAGGAAGAAUCCACGGACUCCUCUGUCAGACCUUCAAGGCACCAACGCCCUGAAUGAGAAGGCCAGCUGGGAUGGCUACGGCGUUGGAUGUAACGGUCGCAGCUCCCGGUCGGGUCGCAUCUCCUCCACAGGAAGUCACGCUCUGGAAGAGGACGGCAUCUUCCUCAACUCCACGAACAGCAAGCUCCUGGAGCGAGCUCAGGGAAUCCUACUGCGAAACAAAAACUGCAAAAGUAAACCAGCUUUACCCAAGCACUUGCUGGACAUCAAAUCUCUGCGCUACCUGAGCAGCGUGACGCUCCACGACCGGAUCACCAAGUCCCUGCUCCACCUGCACAAGAAGAAGAAGCCGCCCAGCAUCAGCGCUCAGUUCCAGGCAUCACUCAAUAAGCUGAUGGAGACUCUUGACCAGUCGGAGCCGUACUUCGUCAAGUGCAUUCGCUCCAACGCCGAGAAGCUGCCGCUGCGCUUCAACGACAGCCUGGUGCUGAGGCAGCUGAGGUACACCGGCAUGCUGGAGACCGUCCGCAUCCGACAGUCGGGAUACAGCAUCAAGUACACCUUCCAGGACUUUGUGCGUCACUUUCACGUGCUGCUGCCUCGAGGCACCAGCCCGACCAAGUCCGGCAUCCGGGAGUUCUUCAGGCGGAUCCACCUCCCCCCCGCUGGCUAUCAAGUGGGCCACACCAUGGUGUUCCUGCGCGAGGCGGAGCGCCAGCGCCUGCAGACCCUGCUGCACCAGGAGGUGCUGCGGCGCAUCGUCACGCUGCAGCGCCGCUUCAGGGCCGUCCUGGAGAGGAAGCACUUUGUCAGCAUGAGGCGAGCAGCCAGCGCCAUCCAGCGCUGGUGGCGACUCUGCCUCCUCAGGCAGUCCGCCAUCGACCUGAGCGUGGAGGAGGAUGCGGCGGUGUGCCUGCAGGCGGCGUGGAGGGGGUACAGGGAGCGCCGGAGGUUCCUGCAUCAGCGGGACGCCGCCGUGGUCAUCCAGAGGAGCUGGAGGAGGAGCCGGCGGCGGCGCCGGACCGAGGCGGCCACCGCCAUCCAGGCGGCCUGGAGGGGAUUCAGGGAGAGGGAGAGCUACUGCAGGACGUACAGGGGGGUGACGCAGCUGCAGGCGGCGGGCCGCGGCUACCUGGCCCGACUCAGGUUCAGAGAACUGAAAGCGCAGCAGCAGAGGCCGGACAGCCCGGCGGGUCCAGCAGCGGACACGCUGGAGGACCUCGUCCCGUCCGGAGAGGACAGCUACGUCCAGGAAGCCUCUGAGGACCCGGGCUCCGUCUCCCUGGACACGGCGGAGACGGACAGAGAUGAGGACUCGGAGAGGAGCCGGAGCGUGGACGGGGCCAGCCUGAAGACCCGAUCCAAGCGAGAGAGCAGGCGGAUGAGGGAGCUGGAGCAGGCCAAGUUCAGCCUGGAGCUCCUCAAGGUGCGGACGACCGGCGCCGGGGGUCCGGUGCAGGAAGACGACGACCGUCACGGGCAUUCGCUGCGGGGGUCUCCGGCCAGCCACGGGAGCUUUGAGCUGCUCACCGUGGAGGACAUGGAGACCGAAGGAGGCUUCGUCACGCCGCAGCAGCCCGGGUCUCUGGAUCUUCAUCCGCAGGAGCGGCUGAGAGACGCAAACCACAACGAGAAGGUCUUGAUUGAGCCAGCAGAGCUGUUGGAGGAGCCGAGGGCGACGUUUUAUAUCGCUUCUGACCAAAGUCCAGUUCAUGAACUGAAGUAUGAAAGCCCGAGCAAAUCCCUCAAGGAGAGGCGAGAGUCGGCCUCCCGGAGGCCGGUGGUGGUCCUGAUCAGCAUGCAGAAGGAGAGUCCUCUGGACGAGGGCGAGCUGCUGGCAGCUCAAGCCUUCGAGAGAGCGUCUCAGACGGGGUCCGCGGCCUCUGACAAGAUUCCCAUCGCGGGACUGGAGGUGGGCUCAGAACGGGACGAGUCUCCCCAGGACCAGGUGACGGGGCCGGACUCUGACUUCCACCCCCCAGCUCCUCACGGAGACAGCCCCGACCCGGCGGGGCUCUGCGCCUCCGACGUCGACAUCCAGAUCACUCCGGGGCCCAAACAGAGCACUCCGUCCUCCGCUGCCCCCGCUCAGCAGGACAGGAAGGCGAGCCGGCCCGCGCAGCCGGCUCCCAGCCCCAUCCUCGACACCAAACCCCCCAAAGCCCAGAAGAAGAGCUCCGCCCAGACCGUGAUCGUCAACAUGGUGGAGAAGCCCCCCAGCACGGCGUUCUCCCAGCCCCGACGCAAGCUGCCUUUCUCCAAGUCAGACAAGGAUUUGGUGAACCAGGAAAGAUCUCUGUCGAUGUACAGAGACGACUCCAAAUCUGCUGGUUCCAGAAACAGAGAGCAGGUGGGCCGCCCCGGCCCCAAAAAGAAAGCGCGAAUGUCCCGGACGCGCUCCGACUUCCUGACCCGCUGUAACUCGGAGGGCGCCACGCAGUCGGACGACGACGACGAGUACUACACCCCCGCCCACUCCCGCACGCUGCCCCCCUCCCUGUGCCCCCAGCGAGCCCACCCCGAGGCCGACUGCCACAGUGACUCAGAGAUGUCGUCCCACAAAGACCAGAAGAAGAUCCACAAAACCAUGUCGUCUGGAGACCUGGGCAAGGUGGAGGUCCUCAGGAAGACGUCCAGCCAGGAUGGAAGCCGGAUGAGAGGGAAAAUGCGGUUCUGGAGUAAGACGAAGCACGGCGAGAAGAAGCCGUCGAGGGAAAAGCAGGCGAGCCGGAGCGAAGCUGGAGAAACGCACGACGGCGCGGACUUUUCUCCCAGUCCGGACCUGGAGGCCUCCGCCUCGCAGGGGGUCCGGGACAGCAAGGAGAACAAGGAGCCGUCCCCGAAGAUGAGGCGGCGGCGCAGCGUGAAGAUCAGCAGCAUCGCUCUGGAGCCGGCGCAGUGGCAGAACGACGCGCUGCACAUCCUCAGCUCGGCGCACGACUACCGCAGCAUGAACGACUUCCUCAUGAAGAAGAUCGCCGACUUGGAUUCAGAAGACAGUAAAAAGGACACGAUGGUCGACGUCGUCUUCAAGAAAGCACUGAAGGAGUUCAGGAUCAACAUCUUCAACUCGUACUCCACAGCCCUGGCUAUGGACGACGGGAAGAGCAUCCGGUACAAGGACCUGUACGCGCUGUUCGAGCACAUCCUGGAGAAGACGAUGCGUCUGGAGCAGAGGGACUGGAGCGAGUCGCCCGUCAAGGUGUGGGUCAACACCUUCAAGGUCUUCCUGGACGAGUUCAUGACGGAGUACAAGCCCAUGGAGGGAACCAUUGGCAGGGCCCCGAAACGCGAACGUAAGAAAUCACGGAAGAAGGAAACGGACAUCGUGGAGGAGCAUAACGGCCACAUCUUCAAGGCCACUCAGUACAGCAUCCCCACCUACUGCGAGUACUGCUCCUCCCUCAUCUGGAUGAUGGACCGGGCCUGCGUCUGCAAACUGUGUCGCUACGCCUGCCACAGGAAGUGCUGCUCCAAGAUGACCACCAAGUGCAGUAAAAAAUACGACCCGGAGCUGUCGUCCCGGCAGUUCGGCGUGGAGCUGUCCCGUCUGACCAGCGAGGAGCGCGCCGUGCCCCAGCUGGUGGAGAAGCUCAUCAACUACAUCGAGAUGCACGGCCUCUACACCGAGGGCAUUUACAGGAAGUCCGGCUCCACCAACAAGAUCAAAGAGCUGCGCCAGGGGCUGGACACGGACGUGAGCAGCGUGAAUCUGGACGACUACAACAUCCACGUCAUCGCCAGCGUGCUCAAACAGUGGCUCCGAGACCUCCCCAGCCCCCUCAUGACCUUCGAACUGUACGAGGAGUUCCUCCGAGCCAUGGGCCAGCCUGAUAAGCGGGAGGUGAUCCGGGGAGUGUACUCCGUGAUCGACCAGCUCAGCCGGACGCACCUCAGCACGCUGGAGCGCCUCAUCUUCCACCUGGUCAGGAUCGCCCUGCAGGAGGAGACCAACAGGAUGUCGGCCAACGCCCUCGCCAUCGUCUUCGCUCCCUGCGUCCUCCGCUGCCCCGACUCCAUCGACCCGCUGCAGAGCGUCCAAGACAUCAGCAAAACCACAGCGUGUGUGGAGCUGAUCAUCAACGAGCAGAUGAGCAAGUACAAAGCGCGUCUGAAGGACAUCAGCAGCCUGGAGUUUGCGGAGAGCAAAGCCAAGAGCAGACUGACCCACAUCAGGAGGUCCAUGAAACCUGUACUAAUUGCUGUUAGGUUUAUGAGCAUUACCCGCACUGCCACCCCGAGCAAAGGCCGGGUUCGCCAAAGCAGCACACACACGUCCUCGCCUCCCCUCAGCCCCAGAGCGACGCCUGCUGCAGACGCAGAGCCGGCGGGAGGAGCGGCGGGAGGAGCGGAGGACGGCGCCGAGUCCGGGCCGAACGAGCAGCAGCAGCUGGCGAUGCAGCAGGAGGAGCGAAUCCUCACCGAGCAGAUCGAGAGUCUGCAGAAAGAAAAGGAGGAGCUGACGUACGAGAUGCUGAUCUUAGAGCCGCGGACGUCUGACGACGAGACCCCGGAGUCCGAGGCCUCCAUCGGUACGGCGGACAGCUCCGAGAACAUCACCAUGGAGACGGAGGGAGCCACAUGCGACAUGUCUGAGGCGGCUCUGGUCCGGUCCAGGAAGUCGGAGGUGAAGGGUCGCCGGACUCUUCGCCGGCAGCCCGAGUCUCAGGACUCCGCUGACUCGGCGUCCACGGUGUCGUCCUCGUACCAGCCCUCGUCCUCCCUGUCCUCCAACGCCUCGGGCUCCCCGUCCCCUCACUACCGGUUCCGCUCGUCAUCCUCGGGGCCCCUGCUGAGCUCCUGCAGCCUGGGGGCGCCGCUGGCGGAGGCGGAGGGCGGCGGCAGGAGCGGGAAGACGCGCCACAGACUCCGGCUGAGCCGCAGCUCGCCGCGAGAGCCCUCGGGGGCCCACCGGAGGGACUCGGACUUCGGCUCGGGGCCACAGCAGCUGGUUCUGUACGGCAGCAACGAGUUCAUGGUGUGAGGGACCGCCACCUGCUGACGCGCAGGAGGGAGGGAGUGUGUGUGUGAGAGAGAAAGAGAGGGCGAGGUUUCUGCCCCUGCUGCCCCUCCUGGAAGCCCCAGACGGUCCAGCUGAACGCUGUGGGAGCAAAAGGUGGGACCACGCCGUCGGACCCCUGCUGGAGCCCCGGGGGUCCUCCAGACCAGAGAGAGAGAGAGAGAGAGCGUAAUGAAAGGAUGGGUGGUGAACACACACACUCUUACACACACACUUAAAAAAAAAAAAAAAAAACAACCCGCAAAGCCAAAUCGCUCAGUGCCCCGUCUGUUUUGGUUCGCAUGGGGGCAGGAGGCGGGCGCCGCCCAGAAGAAAUGUAGCCAUACCGACCGGCGUGGCGGACCCCCGGUCCGUAACCAGCGCCGAGCUAAGCCUGCUUCUCACGUUUACACGGGACUCACCAGCCACGAGGCUGCAUGCUUCUCCAUCACUCUUUCUACAACAGACUCUGUGUUACAUCGAAUUAUUAAUAUUAUUAUUAAUUAUUGUUAUUAUUAUGUUACGGGGGGAGUGUACAUAGCAGGAGGGCCAGUGCUGCUCCUGGGUUGUUCAUUGUUGCUUCGUGACUUGUUUUGCAUUCAGGUCUUCUUUAUUUUUCCUGUUUCUGUGCUGAAUUAAAGACUGUCCUCCUCCUUUUCUCUGCUCCGUCACGUUGAACAGAGCCAGUCUGAGGUGAACUCCUGAGGUUUAACAGAAAAGCUUCACGCCAUCUUCACAGGAAGGAUGCAGUGUUUUGUAUGGGGCCACUCAGCCUUCUGUUUUCCUCAGAACCAUCAGUGUUACUGCGUCAGGACUUGAAUUUUUUUUUAAAUAUAUAUAAAUAUAUCAUUGCUGUACUAUAGAUGUUGUUAUUGACCUCACAGACGUCCUUUUUUUUCGUAAAUCAGUCGAAAGCCAUUUUUCUUUUUGUAUGUGCGUGAAUGAACGAAUGAAUAAUUCCUUCCGCCUGAAAAAUGUGUAGCCAUCCAUACGCACACACACACAUUCACACACAUACACACACACACAAACACACAUCAUUUGCAUUUCCCCUUAAAACAUCUUUGUGGCACUGACCUCCUUAAAGCUACAAUAGGUAACCUUUCAAUUUUUUAGUUGAAUAACUCAAAUUCAUCUUUAUUUACUGAAAACAGCGCCAAACAGUGUUGUAAUACCAGUAUUUACCACCAGAUGGUGCCGUUUGUUCUUUUUAAUUUGAUUGUUGAGGUCAAACGGGGCAAAAAUUAACUUUACCUAUAAAUGAUAAGAAAAAUACCACAGACAUUGUUAAUAGUAAUAUUAAUUUAAAAACAUAACAGUUUGAGUGUUCUGGUGACCUCCUGAUGAUUUUACCUGGAAAUCUGCAAAGCGAGGAACCACGUGAACUCUAGUUUACCUCAGUUUCCCUGACGACACAGACUCUGGAGUCUAGUAGCUACAAGAUCCAGGAUUUUUGGAACUGCCAUCACGCACAGAAGUGUCACCAGUUGUAGCUUUAAGGCAGAGUUUAGCUGCAUCGGAGGGGAAACUCGCUCUCGUUCUGAGCCAUACUUCACUCAUCAUGACUCUAGCUCUUCCAUCCUUUUCUCUCCCGGCUCCGGCUGUGAAAAGUAGCAUUUAAUCUGCCAUUUAAUCAGACAAACGGAAAAAAGAAAGGUAGCAUCUCACGCCGACCCGUCCGUCCAUGUGUUGUUUUUUUCCUCUAUUUCUGAUGACAAGACUCGGCGAGCCGUCUCGAAGCAACACGAUCAGUGUUACCUACCAGAGUUUUCGUUUUGUUUGUUUUUGUUUCUCCGAGCUGGAAGUCUCAGAUUGAAUGCAGGCGUGGAAACCUGCGUUUUGGUCGUUGUUUAUUUUUUUUCUGAACUGUGGACUUGUGUAGAUAAAGUUGUGUUCAGAGCUGAGCUGGCGGGACAAACCCAUCCCCGGUCAGAGAGCCUGCAGCGGAGAUGUGAUGGGUGUUUGUCGUGUACGUCCGAGCCGUCCGUAUGGUAUUCUGCAUUAAAAAUAACGAGAAAAAAAGUGAAUGUACCGGUCACUGGAAGGCAUGCUCUGCUUUCUCUGGUUCUGUUUUUGUUUCCUCUUUUAUACACAGUGUAUGUACUAUUUAUGAUCAUGCUUCUGGGAUGUACAUUGGUUUAAAAGAAAUCUGUUAUAAAAGGAUAUAUUAUCCUGUGUACGGUCCAUUAUCUGCUAAUAAUCUUUGCAACAUUUAAACUACUCACGCUCCGUCAUUUUUGUGCUACAAAUCAAAAGAAAAAAAGAAAAAAUGACAAGAAAAGCAUUGUGUCUGUUUGUCUGCAUCACUCUGGACAUGUCAUGUAUGUAUAAAAUGCAAUUUGUGUUAUAUUUCUCUUUUUUUUAAUGAUAUAAACAUGUCUAUGGUUGUAAGAAAAAAAGA